UGAGGAGUGAGCAACUAAGUUGAAGGGUAGGUUAAGUACUUAUAAAAUGGCCGGUGCCCACAAAGAUGGAUAAGCAACAAUGGAUGCCAAAUAUAAAUAAACUACUACCAAGCAACGCUGCCCUCAACCCUCAAUCAAAUCAAUAUGGACCCUCAUGGUGGCGCGGCUCGAGCACUCAGGCCCCUCCUUCCCCGAUUGGAACCUGUUAGGGGCCCUCCUGACCCUGACGAGGUCAUCCAAUUGCCCCCUCCGAGGGCGCAUACGAAGAUUGCUUGUGAUGGUUGUCGGCGGCGGAAGAUCAAGUGUAACGGGAGACGUCCGGUCUGCUCGGUGUGUGCAGCCAACGGCGGAAUUUGCGUCUACUACCUCAGCGCCGACCCCAACGAGUCGCGGCCGUCGGCCAUAAAGCGGAAGUAUGGCGAGGCACAGGACCGCGUGUCCAGUCACGAGCAGCUCUACCAUCUACUCAAGACCCGGACGCAACCGGAGGUGACCGAGAUCCUACACCGGAUCCGCGCCGGCAUUGAUGUCGAAUCCAUAUUGCGCUACGUCAGAGACGGCGAUCUUCUUCUGCAGCUGCACUUGUUCCCGGAGACGAGACUACGCUACACAUUCCCCGAGUUUGCCAGCUGGCCUACCGUGUUCCGCGACCCUACUGACCCUUAUUUGGAGGCUCAGCUACUUGACUUUGACGCAGGACCUCAUUCCCAGCGUCAUGGCAUCUCGUCGGCACCUAGACCCGCGGUACCCAGCCCACACUUGCACAUCUACCAGAUUCCCUACCACGCCGCACAAAUGGUUGAUCCGCGGCUGUCCUCGGUCAAGGCCGCCAUGUGGACUUCAGUCACAAACGACGAUGCGCUCUUUUCGCAGCUCCUCGCUGUCUACUUCCAAUUUGAAUACUCCAGGACUCGCCUAUUCCAGAAAGACUUGUUCCUAGAUGAUCUUGUCCGCGGUAGACGCAGGUUCUGCUCGCCCCUACUCGUGAAUUGCAUUUUGGCCAAUGCCGCCCAUGGGCUCACAAGUGACCCUCAUCGCGUCGAAUUCUGGGCGCCACGCUCGCUCCCUUACGCCUUCCUAGCCGAGGCAAAGAGGUUGUGGGACAUCGAGGCCAACGGAGAGCCAAGGCUGACAACAAUCCACGCCGCUCUUUCCCUGACGCUGAGAUACGGCGCUGACGGCGCCGACAAGAUCGGCCUCCCUUUCAUGCUAAAGGCACUAGAAUUGGCCGAGCAGAUGGACCUCUUCACCCGGACCGAGAAGGGUGACUCCAAAAUGAGUCUUGCUCGGACCUUUACCGCAUGGGCUGUUUUCUCUUACCAAGGAAUGACUCUGUAUUACAUGCAUAGGGCCCCGCUUGCUUCAAUCCCGCCCGUCACGCCCCUCCCAGACUAUGCCUCGAUUUCCAAACUCACUGGCGAGGUGCAUGUGAAGUACCCUGUCCAGCCGUAUCUUACACCUAUACAUCUUGGUGUUGCUUUCCGAGCCCAGAUCGAGCUUAAUCUGAUCAUGCUCGAGAUCAACCAGACCGCGUGCGAUGCCGGAACGCCGGGAACCGCUCCUCCCACACUACGGCAAGCUCUCGAGUUCUACCACAGACUUGAAUCCUGGUACAGGGCCCUCCCCCAAGAGCUCCAGCCGAGCAGGGUGGUCAUGCCGCAUCAUUUACAGAUCCACAUGGAAUACUGCCUCGUGCUGAUCAACCUCUUCGAGCCGUGGAUGAACGGACCGGACGCGGACCUUCUAGUGGGGCCAUCGGCGUCAUCACCCCGCGAGCCCCAGCCCGACGGCAGCAACCACACCACGAUCCGAGACAUCGGCACACGUGCUCGCGCCCGUCUCGAGACACUCAUCCGCAUCUACUACCUGCGCCACAGCUUCGACGCCCUGGACGUCAUGCUGAUCAUGUUCCUCCUCCUGCUGGGCUCCAUCUCGGUGCGCGUGCUCACCUCACCACCACAACCCUCAUCACCACCCCAACCCCAAUCCCAACCCCCAUCAUCAACAACCACCACCACCACCCCACCCAACAAACCCACCAACCCCCCCAACCGCAACGCCUCCACCUUCCUCCUCUGCGCCAAGGGCCUGCACGACCAAGGCCGCAACCAGUACCUCGGCACCCUGAUGUUUGACCUGCUGUCGCGCCUGGUCGAUGGUGCUGCGGAUAGCGCGCUGCGUGCCGACCUGGCGCGGGUGGCGGCCGAGUUUCGAGGGGUCGGGGUCAAGCGGGAGUACGUGCAUAUGGAGUGGCCGGUGUAUCGGUGGGUUGAUGGGGAGGGGAGGGGGUUGGGGGUUUUGGUGGGGGGUGGUGAGGAUGGGGGGGAGGGGGGGAUUGUUGGGGAUGGGGAUGGGGACAGUGUGGAGAGUGGUGGUGGUGAUGGUGGUGGUGGGAGCUAGAGGAGGGCUGCGUGGGAAAUAACUAGGGGGUUAGGGGUUGAUGUUUUGAAUGAAAAGGGGGGUGUUGUUUUGUUGUUUUGGUGGGGAAAGGGCACUCGGAUUAAGCUGCCAAGACACUUCAAACUUGCUCGGAAGGAGUUGAAUCAGGAAAUAACCCUUCUCAGAUUCCUAAGGCGAAUCCUUCGUACGUAUCUCACUAUUUAUGGGAAAGAGAUUGUCUUGGGUUGCACCCAUCGGAGGGGCUGCUGCAGCCGUUUAGCCUAUUGCUCUCAGAAAGUAAUCACGGAGGGUUUGUGAGUGUGGGAGGCAGCCAGAAUUCAAGAAUUGUAACCCG